CAGUGGCGAACCAAACCCCUCGCUCCAGACCGCAGGCUCCGGGAGAUGCAAAUGCGAGGUGCGCCCGUGGAGGGGGUCAGGGCUGAAAUCCGCGACCACCGUGGCGAGUGGGGAUCCCUGCCCCGCAGUCCAGCCGCAAUCGGUGCGACGGGAGGAAAACUGAAUCGAGUCCAGAGCCCGACAGAGCUGGACAGCUGCCUGCGACCUCGUCCUCUUCCUGCGAUAUAAUACUUCUGACGUCAUGUAAGUGGACAGCGUUUGACCUGACCAACAUGAUUAAAUUGCUUUCUGAAGAAGGAAGAAUUAUUACUGCACACUAUACAUACAUUGUUGGAUGAAUUAAUUGGCCAUGUGAUUAUGCAGACAUCCCAGUAUGAAGCUGAUGGACCUAUUCCUAGCUCGCUCUCUCUCUACGUAUUUCCUGCUGCAAAGUUUUGUACUCCUGAUAUUGUGCUUUCACUCCAACAGCAUGUGUCCCAAAGGUUGUCUGUGCUCUCACAUCACCAGCUUAAAUGUAAGCUGCAGCAAUGCAAAUCUUAAAGAGAUUCCGAAGGACCUUCCUCCAGACACUGCCUUACUUUACUUGGACUCUAAUCAAAUAAGGUCUGUUCCCAAUGAGAUCUUCAAAGACCUGCACCAGCUCAAAGUACUUAAUUUGUCCAAGAAUGUUAUUGAAUCCAUAGAGGAGCAGGCAUUCAAGGGGGUCACUGAUACCUUGCAGACUCUUGAUCUUUCAAACAACAAAAUUAAAAGCGUGCACAAAGACACCUUCAGCAAGCUCAAAGGCAGAGCCCAGAUUUCUGACAAUCCAUGGCAUUGUGACUGCACCCUUCAGCAGGUUCUGCAUGACAUGCCCUCCAAACACGAGACAGCCAGCAACAUUAUCUGUGAGACCGCAGUUCUGGAGCAACACACCGGCAAAUCCUUCCUCAGCGCUGCAAAUGAAGCUGACCUCUGUAAUCUGUCUAAAAAGACAACUGAUGUGGCAAUGCUGGUCACUAUGUUUGGCUGGUUCACCAUGGUAAUUUCAUACGUGGUGUACUAUGUACGUCAGAACCAAGAGGAUGCAAGAAGACAUCUUGAAUAUUUAAAGUCACUCCCAAGCAAGCAAAAGAAGCCAGAGGAAUCAGAUGACAUUAGUACUGUACUAUAACGAGGUGUGAUAUGCUUUCAUAAAAGGGUUUUGAAAUGGAGCUUAUUCUGCGGAUAUUUAAAUUAUCCCCACUCAGCAGGAAAGUAGACAACAGGUCUAACUGCAGUGAUAUUGGAGGCAGCGAUUAAAAAAAAAUCCAUGAUAUAUAGUAACGAUCGAGAAUGAAGAAUUCUGUUUUUUCAUCUCUACAAACACUUUAACCAGUAGCAAUUAUGGCUAAGGAUUCCCCAGGUACGAAGCAAUUGAGGGUUUUAGAAGAUUAAAAGAUCCAGUUUGCUUAUAUGAAUGGUAUUCAUGUCUCACAACGCAUUCCUUAGCCUCCUGUUAUUAAACAGGAGUGAAUUGAACCCCCCCCCCCCCCCCAUUACUAUAGUGAAAGGAAAGGCAAUAAGCAUCCAGCUGCUAACAGUAUCAGCAGUUCUAUCUGGACAAUAAUUGCUUCAUGUUGGAAGCAUGUGAAAGGUGAUGUUUAGAAUUCCUUGAUUCAUCAUUGUGCUCAUAGUCUAUCUGAAGAUGGGUUUAUCAUUUGAAAGAUAACAUUGUAAGAGUGUUUGGAAGUGUCCCUGACUGGGGUAGAAAACAUUUCCUUGUCUCUCUGCUCACACUUGCAUGUUUCAGGUUCUGCAGGUUGACAUGUGGAACAGUUUAUAUCCGCUCUGAGCUGGCAGAGGAGCAGGAAGUAGCAGAGUGGCGCACUUAGUGAACCUACCUUGGACUCACCGCAGAGUGUCUGCAUCUUCUGGUAGCCCAGCCUGUCAGGAGGAGGUGCAGAACCUGACCACUGCGCCCCCUCCGGUUACAGCCGGACAACUCGCUGGUAUCAGCUGACGGUGCAGUGUGACCAACUACAGACCGGGUGGGCAAGGGUUACAUGGAGCUGAGAAAAUAAAGAUCAAAGAAAGGGAAAGGUCGUUGAGGAGAAGUCUAGGAAAACUAUUCUUGGGAAACAUUUCUACCAGGCUGCUCAGUAAAAACAAACAGCAGGGAAGGGCAGGAAUAGAUCGGGAACUUCACUUGCAGGAUAUCUAUAACAAACUGAACUGUAUAGGUCAGGAGGCACAGCUAACAAAGGUGAGGGUCCUAACCUUUGCAUAGUUGGCAUUCUAAAAAUGGCACGAGAAUUGAAAUAACCUUUUGAUCACUGUUUAUAGUCACAAUAGGAAUAAUUUCUGACUGUGUCAGGCUUCUGUGUUAAUUCAUAUAAAGGACAAAAUUGCUCCUAAAAUGUUUGCUUCAUCCAGAACGAACUUUGAAUGUGAUAGCCAAGAUCCAUAAAGGAAUGUAAAAUAUCUAUCAAAAUAGAUAUAGAACAUUUUUGGAUUAAUUAUACCCAGUCUUAAUUGGUAUGUGUCAACAGGCUGCCCUACCCUGUGAGAAUAUAAACUCUCAGCUGGUACGAACAAAUAGCAUAGUCAGUAUCAUAAUUCAUUUGUACCUGUGCCUGCCAGUCUCGAUGAGAGGCGGGCAGUUAAAUUCAUCCCUGAUGUAUGGCGGUCUCAUUGGCAAGAUAAGGGUGAGUCGACUGCAGUGACAAAGGGAGCUGGGAUUCUCAGUGACUGGCCUUCUGCAGCUCAUUUGACCUUUGAUGAAAAGUGAACAUCAGUUCCAUUCUCCAGCAAUAUGUUUGUUGGGGUUCCUCAUCCUGAAUUUGGAGCAGGAAUAUAAUAUUCAUCCCCUUAAACCUGUCUGUCAUUUCAUUACAGGAGAACUGAUCUGUACCUCAAAAAUUACAUGUCUGCUCCCACUUUACAUCCUUUCUUAACAGACAUCUACCUAUCUCAAUAUAGAAAACUUUUAUUGAUGUAGUAUCAACAGGUUUUCAAGAAUAAUUCCAAUUUCAAGUACCCUUAAUGUGAAAUAACUCCCAAAUGGUCUUGUUUGAAUUUUAAGAUGAUUCCCUGAUGCACUCUGAAUAGAUGGUUUUCUCAACAAUGGGUGAGGAGAGGUUUAAGUUUGACUGACAACUCCCAUGCCAAUUUACUCUGCCAGGAUUCAUUUUCACAGUCAAAAUAGACACUUAGACAGAGAAACAUUCAACACAUGAAGCUGCAGCCUAUGAGUGGUCAACAAUUGGAAGGAAAAAGAAAAUGCUGUUUCAGCAAAUGACUGCAUAAAGGACAAUUUUAACAAAGGAGCAUGGUGCUCAUUUUACUUUGAGAUGUGAAUGGGGGCUGCUGAGCUGAGAUGAAACAGCACCAACUGAUAGCUCUCCUUACCCAGCAACUCAGACCAUUUUGGGUCUUAAGAUCAAGCACAAUCUAGCAUUGAAUGAUCCUGAUCUCCUUUUAAGUGCCUGAAAUCUGUUUUGCCCAUUUAUGAUUAAAUCUUGGAUCAUUUCUGUAAGAAAAUACAUUUUGUUAUCUUCCAUCUGAUGUCUGUAGCAAAUGCAUUUGUAUAUAUGGUAUCA